AUGGCUUCCAAAGUCUUGAUGCCAAAACCCAGUGUGAACCAUGUUGCAUUCUCAGUGGACAAUAAACCACUCCGUUCCCCUUUUUCUGGGCAGGUUUUUUUUCCUAAGAAAAGUAGUGAUCAUGCCUCUUCUUCUUCUUCUUCUUCUUCUUCGGUUGAGCAAUUAUCAUCGUCACUUGUCGCUUCUGGUAAUACAGUACCACCAGCAGCUAUUUCCACUGCCAAAUUUGCCAACAGUGUUAGUGCUAUUAGCACUAAAUCUACUCUGGCUCAACAAUGGAGAGAUAUUCAGGGUUCUAACAAUUGGGAAAACCUGGUUGAACCCUUGCACCCUCUUCUUCGACAAGAGAUUAUUCGAUAUGGAGAGUUUGUCACCGCUUGUUAUAAGGCUUUUGAUCUUGAUUCCAACUCAAAACGCUACUUGUCCUGCAAAUAUGGCAAGAAGAACAUGUUCAACCAAGUUGGAAUGGGAAAUUCCGGCUAUCAAGUCACUAAGUACAUCUACGCCACCCCAGACGUCAAUAUUCCCAUUCAAAAUGGUGCUUCUUGUGGCCGCUGGAUUGGCUAUGUGGCUGUCUCCUCCGAUGAUACAGUUAAGAGGCUAGGCAGGAGGGAUAUAGUCAUUACAUUUCGGGGAACAGUGACUAACCACGAGUGGGUUGCUAAUUUCAUGAGCUCUCUCACUCCUGCGAGGCUAGACCCUCAUAAUCCUCGCCCAAAUGUGAAGGUGGAAUCUGGGUUUUUAAGCUUGUACACUUCAGAUGAAAUUAGUGACAACAAGUUUGGACUAGAAAGUUGUCGCGAACAGCUUCUAUCUGAAGUGUCAAGAUUGCUAAGCAAGUACGAAGGGGAGGAAAUCAGCAUAUCCUUGGCAGGGCACAGCAUGGGGAGUUCACUUGCUCUUCUUCUUGCUUAUGAUAUUUCUGAGCUUGGAUUGAACAGACGCAGCAACAAUCCAAGCAUGGCUAUUCCAGUGACUGUGUUUUCAUUUGGAGGACCAAGAGUAGGGAACGCAGGGUUCAAGGAGAGGUGUGACGAAUUGGGUGUUAAAGUGUUGAGAAUCGUGAAUGUUAACGAUCCAAUCACGAAGCUCCCUGGGUUUUUUCUAAAUGAAAAUUUUAGGGUUUUAGGAGGGAGAUAUGAAUUCCCGUGGAGUUGCUCAUUUUAUGCUCAUGUGGGUGUUGAACUAGCCCUAGACUUCUUCAACAUGCAAAACCCUUCAUGUGUUCAUGACUUGGAAGCCUAUAUCAGCAGUUUACUGGCGAAAUGCCCUAAGAGAUCUUCAUCAGAAGAAGAUGAUGAUCAUCAUCAUGAGGUAUAUUUUCUGAAUAAAGCAAUGGAUUUGCUAUUGGGUGCAGAAAAUUUUAACUUGUUGCCUCUCAAAAUUGCUGUAAGCAAUAUCAUGAAGUCGGUUCAGUCUCAAAGCACUGAAUUCUUGAUAAAUGAACAUAUCUUAGGAUGGAUGAAUACCUUGGCUUUGUAUAAUAUUCUUUUCUAA